AUGUUUGUUGGUUUGUCUGACUCCUUGAACAGAUCAGUGACACUUCCUACUGGAAUAGGAGUGAAAAUUGAAGGGAUUGGAACUGUUAAGCUGAAUGAAAAUCUGAUCCUCCACAAUUUCUUGUUUAUUCCGGAUUUUCGACUGAAUCUCCUGAGUAUCAGUCAGUUGACUAAGGAUUUGGGGUAUCGAGUAAUCUUUGAUGUGGCUUCUUGCAUGAUACAGGAUCCUACCAAGGCGUUGAUGAUUGGUCAGGGUGAAGCUAUUGCCAACCUGUACGUCCUGGAUGCUGAAGCUAUCUCUGCUAACUCGAUAAGUUCCAACCCUUACUUUUGUUCAAACGUUGUUGUCGAUACCGUAGUUUGGCACAAUAGACUUGGUCAUCCGGCUAUGACCAAAACGGAUCUCAUUAGUGAUGUAACUGGUGUUAAACAAAGCAAUAAAGAGUUUCAUUGUGCAAUUUGCCAUCUUGCGAAACAGAAACAUCUUCCUUUUGCAUCCUCAAAUAACAUCAGUGCUAAUGCUUUUGAUCUCGUUCAUAUCGACACUUGGGGACCGUUUUCUGUUACAACGGUAGAAGGAUACAUAUACUUCCUCACUAUUGUCGAUGAUCAUUCUAGAGUUACUUGGGUUUAUCUGAUGAGGAGCAAGGAUGAAGUGCUCCGGAUCUUCCCUGAAUUUCUGAAAAUGGUAGAGACUCAGUACAAAGUGGUUGUGAAAGGAGUGCGAUCUGAUAAUGCGCCUGAACUGAAGUUCAAUGAGUUGUUUCGACAGAAAGGCAUUGUCUCCUACCACUCGUGCCCUGAGACUCCAGAACAGAAUUCAGUGGUGGAACGGAAGCAUCAACAUAUCCUAAAUGUUGCUCGUUCUCUGAUGUUUCAAGCCAAAAUAUCACUGGAGUACUGGAGCGAUUGUAUUCUCACCGCAGUGUUUUUGAUUAACAGAUUGCCCACUCCAGUUUUGAAGAAUAAGACACCAUAUGAGGUCUUGACCUCUAAACGACCAGAAUAUGGUGGCUAUAAGGGUUACAAGUUGCUGGAUUUGGAGACUAACACCACCCACAUUUCACGAAACGUGGCCUUUCACGAAGAUAUCUUUCCGUUUUCUUCAGAGCAGACGGAUUCUUCUCCUGAUCUCUUCACUUUUGAACCGGAAUCAUUGGAAAGUUCUGACUCGGCACCUCACCCUGUCCCUGUUCGUUAUGUUCCUUCUGAUUCUGGUUCUGGAGAUCAAGAGACGAGUAAGCGAGCACCUAAGAAACCAGCAUAUUUGCAAGAUUACUACUGCAAUACAAAUGAGGCUGAUGUGGAGAUCCCUUAUCCCUUGGCUGAUUUUAUGUCCUAUGCUCAACUUUCAGAUGAAUAUAAGGACUAUAUAUGUGCUCUCAACUUACUACCCGAACCCGCUUCUUUCAAAGACGCCUUGAAGUUUGAAGAAUGGAUUACUGCUAUGAAUGAAGAGCUCAUAGCACUUGAGAGUUCAGGUACUUGGGAUAUUUGUUCUCUCCCUGAUGGAAAGCAUGCGAUCGGCUGCAAAUGGGUUUAUAAACUCAAGCUUCUCGCUAAUGGAUGUUUGGAACGCUAUAAAGCACGGUUGGUUGCUAAAGGCUACACACAACAAGCUGGGGUUGAUUUUGUUGACACUUUCUCUCCGGUGGCAAAAAUGACAACGGUCAAGACCCUACUUGCUGUUGCAGCCGCGAAAAAUUGGAGUCUGACACAGCUUGAUUUUUCUAAUGCCUUUCUCAAUGGCGACCUUGAAGAAGAAAUCUAUAUGACGCUACCUCCGGGUUAUACACCUAAAACUGGAGUCACGUUGCCUCCUAAUGCCGUAUGCAAGUUAAAGAAGUCCUUGUAUGGCCUCAAACAAGCUUCUCGACAGUGGUUCUUGAAGUUUAGUCAUACUCUCGUCAAUUUGGGGUUCAAGAAGUCACACGCGGAUCAUACGUUGUUUAUAAAGCACUAUGAGGGUCGCUAUGUGGCUGUUCUUGUCUACGUUCACAAUAUAAUCAUUGCUAGCAACAAUGAUGCAGAGGUGGAGAAGUUGAAGUCUGAUAUGAAGGUUGCUUUCAAGCUACGAGAUUUGGGUGAACUCAAAUACUUUCUGGGUUUGGAGAUUGCUCGGUCGAGUAAGGGCAUCUCUGUUUGUCAACGAAAGUACACAUUGGAGCUUUUGAGUGAUGCUGGUUUAUUGGCUUGUAAACCAUCCAGCAUACCGAUGGAGCCUAGCAUCAAGUUGAGGUUGGAUUCUGAUGAACCGGUUCUUGAUGACAUUACCCCUUAUCGGAGACUAGUGGGAAAGAUGAUGUAUUUGACGAUAACUCGGCCUGACAUCACUUAUGCUGUAAACCAGCUCUGUCAAUUUACCUCAGCUCCGAAGAAAUCUCAUCUCCAAGCUGCCUACAAGGUCCUUCACUAUCUGAAAGGUACUAUUGGCCUAGGCCUUUUCUACUCCGCUGAAUCAAACUUGUUAUUGAAAGGAUUCACGGAUGAUGAUUGGAACUCCUGUGCUGAUUUGCGACGUUCCACUUCUGGCUUCUAUAUGUUCCUUGGGAAUUCACUCAUCUCAUGGAAGUCCAAGAAACAACAGACGGCUUCUCAUUCUUCUGCUGAGUCUGAAUAUCGCGCAAUGGAGAUCGCGGUCCGUGAAAUCUCUUGGUUGGUAAAGCUAUUGAAUGAGUUUCAAGUGUUUCAACCUCAUCCGGUAGCUUUCUGUUGUGAUUCUACUGCGGCAAUACACAUUGCGAACAACUCUGUUUUCCAUGAGAGGACGAAGCAUGUGGAAAACGACAACCAUAUAGUGCGUGAUAGGAUUGAGAGCGGCUUGAUAAAGACUCUGCACGUCACCACGGAUGUUCAACUUGCAGAUGUCUUCACAAAGCCUCUUUAUCCUGCUCAUUUUCAUUCUCUUAUUGGCAAGAUGUCGCUUUUGUCUAUAUACUCGCCAUCUUGA